AUGAAUUUCCUACGGAAAAGGAGGUCUUCAAACUCCUCAGAUGACGAUGAUUCUGUAAAUAACAAGUCGCAGAUCCACAAGUCGAGAAAACCACCAAAUACCGCGUUCAGGCAGCAGCGAUUGAAAGCAUGGCAGCCCAUUUUGACCCCCAAGUCGGUGAUCCCGUUUCUUGUCAUUCUUGCAGUCAUCUUUGCCCCCCUAGGUAUAGCCAUCAUAUUCACGACUUACAACGUGCAGGAGUUGAACAUUGACUAUUCCAGUUGCGAUAAGCAGACUGACGAGUUUGCAUCAAUACCGGAGAAAUACACCGGCUAUCAUUUCCGCGACGAUGUCAAGCCGGAUUUCAAGUGGAAGGUCCAGAAUGUUACCGAGGGCGACGAUACAAUCCAGCGUUGCGUGAUUCAGUUCAACUUUCCCGACUUGAGGCCGCCCUUGUACUUGUACUACAAACUUACGAAUUUUUUCCAAAAUCACAGAAAAUACGUGGAAAGCUACGAUUUGGAUCAAUUGGGAGGGAAGGCCUUAUCGGACAACGACGUGACGGAUAACUGCAAGCCCUUGAAACACCGGGAAAUCAACGGCGAGCAAAAAUUGAUCUACCCGUGCGGAUUGAUCGCCGACUCCCUUUUCAACGAUACAAUCGGUCUGCCUGUGCUUUUGAAUGCUCGAAACGGCGAGAAUAACGAAACCUAUCUCUUUUCGGACGAAGGUAUUUCGUGGCCGUCCGACAGGAACCACAAGUUUAAAAAGACCACGUACAAACCGGAGGAGGUGGUUCCACCUCCUAACUGGGACAAGAUGUUCCCCGACGGAUACACCGAAGACAACAUGCCCAACGUUGAAACUUGGGAACAUUUGCAAAACUGGAUGCGCACGGCAGCUCUUCCCAAUUUCUACAAAUUGUAUGGGAAAAACACCACGCAGUCGAUGACCUCUGGCACCUACCAAAUAAGCAUAGACAUGCACUACCCCGUGGAGAUUUUCGGCGGAUCAAAGAGUAUUGUCAUUACAACAAACUCGAUAUUUGGCGGAAGAAACGUGAGCUUGGGAGUUAUCUAUAUAAUUGUUGCUGUAAUCUCGUUGGCUCUUGGUGUUGGCUUUUUGUUGCAAGUAUUGAUCAAACCUCGCAAGUUGGGAGAUCACAACUAUCUACAAGAUGGCGAAAUUGCCAAUUACCGAGAUCAACUUUGA